AUGGCGCUCCCACCACCGCCCGCGGGCCUCGACCUGACCGAGACCAGAGUGCCCGAGAUCUAUGGCUCGCUGGUGCCAACAUGGAUCUUUGCCAUCAUCGCCGUCGGCCUCCGCGUCGCCGCCCGGCGGCUCCAGGCGAGCAAGCUGUUUCUGGAUGACUGGCUGGUGGCCAUCACUCUGGUACGUGUGUCCUCGGUUUAG